AGCCACGUGGGGCGCCGCGGGGCCGGAACUGGAGCCAGGAGUCGGAGGAGGCUCAUGGCGCUGUACGGGGCUGCGGCCGCCGUGCUCUCGGGGCUAGAGGCGCACCAGGGCUCCCUCAAGAGCCUGGUCUAUGGCAGCCGCUUCCAGAACGUCCGGCAGCUGUACGCUCUGGUCUGCGAGACGCAGCGCUAUUCGGCCGUGCUGGACGCGGUGAUCGGCAGCGCCCGGCUCCUAGAGGCGGAGAAGAAGCUGAAGCCCCACCUUGCCAAGGUCCUGGUGUAUGAGCUGCUGCUGGGCCGGGGCUUACGGGGUGGAGGCCGAUGGAAGCCUGUGCUGUCCCGGCACAAGGCGAGGCUGCAGGCCGAGUUUGCCCGGCUCAAGGUGAAGCGUUGUGUGAGCCGCAAUGAAGACCUCCUGGAGUCGACUCCUGGGGCCGUGCAGGAGUUGCAGCUCCCUCGCUUUGUGCGAGUGAACACGCUCAAGACCAACCUCGACGACACCAUUGAUUACUUGAAGCGUGAGGGCUACUCCUACCAGGGCCGUGCUUCUGGACUGGACGAGCUACGGGCCUUAGAGGGGAAACUUUUUUUCCUAGACUCACUGCUUCCUGAGCUACUUGUAUUCUCUUCGGGCACUGACCUCCAUAAGCACCCGCUGUACCAGGCUGGCCAUCUCAUCCUGCAAGACAAGGCGAGCUGCCUCCCAGCAAUGCUGCUUGCCCCUCCACCUGGCUCCCAUGUCAUUGAUGCGUGUGCUGCCCCAGGCAAUAAGACGAGCCACCUCGCUGCUCUGCUGAAAAACCAAGGGAAGAUCUUUGCUUUUGACCUGGAUGCUGGGCGGCUGGCCACCAUGGCCACACUGCUGACCAGGGCUGGAGUCUCUUGCUGUGAGAUAGCCAAUGAGGACUUUCUGUCUGUAUCUCCCUCUGACCCACGGUACUGCCGGGUCCAGUACAUCUUGCUGGACCCUUCUUGCAGUGGUUCUGGCAUGGCGUCGAGGCAGCUAGAGGAGCCUGGUGCAGGUACCCCCAGUCAGGAGCGCUUACACGCUCUGGCCGGGUUCCAGCGCCGUGCCCUGAGCCAUGCACUCUCCUUCCCGGCCCUGCAGCGCGUCGUCUAUUCGACCUGUUCCGUGUGCCGGGAGGAGAAUGAGGAUGUGGUCCAAGAUAUCCUGGAGCAGGACGGGGGCGCCUUUAGGCUUGUGCAUGCGUUACCUCUGUGGCCCCAGAGAGGUCUUGGCACCUUCCCAGGUGCAGAACACUGUAUCCGGGCAUCUCCGGAAGCCACGCUCACGGGAGGCUUCUUUGUCGCUGUACUGGAACGGGCAGAUGGGCAAAGCUCAAGUCCAGAACCACAGCUGCUGGCUGGAAAAGCCGUGCCCAGCGUGGCUCCCAAGAAGAAGAAACGAUGCCGGCAAAACGCAUCAACUACGUGAACGUGGACUGUGCUCCUCCCUCCUCUGCCCUGGGCUGGGUCUCCUUGGCAUCUGGGAGCAGCAGGCAGUUAGCUUCUUGGGAUCAGUUCUUGCCUGAGCCUCAAGGGGCACUUCUCACUGCUCCGCUUCCUAAGGCAGGGAGACGGAGCAGUCCUUUAUUUCUGUGUGCAAAGUCCAAGUCUGCCCUUACCUCCCAUGGGAAAAAAAAGACAGGCUGGGUCCACUGGAGAUCACAGUUUUGUUUAUUUUUAAAAUCAAUGACAUUAUAAGAAGCAAGGAAAAAAAAAUUGCACAUUCACACUAAAUUCCCACCAGACUCAACAGGAACAGCGUCUUAAGGAAAGCUUUGUCUGCUGUUCCUGUUCGGUCUUGUGCAUGUACUGCACGGGGCCGAGGCUGAGUUGGGUGGGCGUGGGCAGAUCUCUGGGCUGUUCUGGUAACUAGCAGGCUUGUUGCUGCCACCACUGCCGUGGAAAGGCUGGUUUGACCUGAUUCCGCUUUCCCCAGGGUCCUCGUGGACUGAGCAGUGGCUGAGACACAGGCUUAAGAUGGAGCUCUAGAGACCUUCCGAUGCCCCUCUCCCACCUCCAAAACUACAACCACCAGAGCUGCUAUCACAGGGGGGGAACCUCGCCCUAGCCACAUUCACAUACAUCACAUUAUUAUAAAAGAAAUAAGUACAUUUUACAGAAUGAUUCCCUGGGUGAAAAGGGAGUCUGAGUGAGCCCUUCCUCCCCCAGGCAACAUCAGGCUCCCUCCUCCCCCAGCUUUCACUGCUCAUCUAAUUUCUGGACAACAGCUUUGUACUUUCACAGCCUCAAUGAACCAAGCUUGAAGGAAUUCAAAAGGCAAUUUAGCUUAAAUAUAAAAAUAAAUUUUAUUUUGUUAAAAAAA